AUGUUAAAAAUCCUAAUUCCUACUAUAAUACUGCUACCCCUUAUCUCUUACUCAAAAAAAGAAUGAGUAUGAAUUAACUCUUCUAUUUAUAGCCUCUUGAUCAGCUCUUUUAGUCUUCUUACUCUUAAUCAACACAUAGACCUAGGAUUAAACUUUAACAUAUCCUUCUCUGCUGACUCCCUAUCUUCUCCCUUACUAAUCUUAUCCUGCUGAUUAUUACCACUCAUAAUUCUUGCUAGCCAAUUUCACUUAAUAAAAGAACCCAUAGCCCACAAGCGAACCUACCUAAUACUCCUAGUAAUCCUCCAAAUCGCCCUCUUAAUAGCUUUCAGCGCAGUUGAACUAAUCAUGUAUUAUAUCUUAUUUGAAACUACCCUAAUUCCUACACUGAUUGUUAUUGCUCGAUGAGGCAAUCAAACAGAACGUCUAAAUGCUGGACUAUACUUUCUAUUUUAUACUUUACUGGGAUCUUUACCCCUCCUAGUAGCCUUAAUUUUUAUCCAAACACAACUAGGCUCACUCCACAUUCUUCUAUUAACACUCACACCCAAUCCCCUACAGGAUAACUGAUCUAACGACAUUCUAUGACUAGCCUGUAUAUUAGCUUUUCUGGUCAAAAUACCCUUGUAUGGAUUUCACCUAUGACUUCCUAAAGCCCAUGUAGAAGCCCCAAUUGCCGGAUCCAUAGUGUUAGCUGCAAUUUUACUUAAACUUGGAGGCUAUGGAAUCUUACGAAUUAUUAUUAUUUUAGAGCCUAUCUCAAAAUUUAUAGCCUACCCCUUCAUUAUUAUAGCUACUUGAGGUAUAAUUAUAACUAGCUCUAUUUGCCUACGCCAAACAGACCUAAAAUCAAUGAUCGCUUAUUCCUCAGUCAGCCAUAUGGGCCUAGUGGUAGCUGCCUCCUUAAUUCAAACACCCUGAGGGUUUAUAGGGGCUACAGCAAUAAUAAUUGCACACGGACUCACCUCCUCAAUACUGUUUUGUCUGGCUAACACUAACUAUGAACGUAUUCACAGCCGAACAAUACUUCUAGUACGGGGACUUCAAAUAGUUUUACCCCUUAUAAGUUCCUGAUGGUUGCUAGCCAGUCUCGCCAAUUUAGGGCUACCCCCAACUAUCAAUUUAAUUGGUGAACUAAUAGUCAUUAUCACUACCUUCUCCUGAUCCAACUUUACCCUCAUCCUCCUAGGACUUAAUACUGUUAUUACAGCUAUCUACUCCUUUUAUAUACUAAUUACAGUUCAACGUGGAAAAUUAACCUCUCAUUCCUUAUCAAUUAAUCCAUCAUUUACCCGAGAACACAUAAUUAUAACCCUCCAUCUACUCCCCCUUAUCCUCUUAACGCUAAACCCAAAACUAAUUCUGGGCUUAACUUACU